AUGAAUGAAAAUAAAGAUAUUAAUUAUUCUUUUGAUCAUAUUCCAAUGGAUAGAAAAGAUAAAAAACCAUUAAUGGAAAGAAAAAGAAGAGCACGAAUGAAUGAAAGUUUAAAUGAAUUAAAAAAAUUAAUUUUAUUUAUCUCACCACAAUUAAAAUCUAAACUAGAAAAAGCAGAUAUAUUAGAAAUAACAGUGUAUUAUUUUAAACAGUUGGUUACUCUUCAUGUUAAUUCAUUAUCUGGAAUAAAUAAAUUUCCUUCAAUUAAUGAUGAUACCAAUAAACUUUUAAAAAAUGAACAAAAUAAUUUGAAUAUGAAUGAAAUGAAAAAUUUUCAAACACCUAAUAUAUCUUCAUUUUUAAGCCCACCAUCAUCAGUCUCACCUGAUAAUGAAAAAGUAAAAAAUUUAAUAAUUUCAUCUGUUGAUGAAACACCAAAUUGUUAUGGAAUUAAUAGAAAAAGGAAACGAGUAAUUGAAAAUAAUGUAAGCGCAAAAGUUUCCUCAUCAUUUUCAACAAAAUCAAAAAAUAUUUUAUCAAACAAUUCUUUAAAUUCAACAUCAUUCGUAACAAACUAUUUAAUAACACCUUCUUUUACAAAUCAGGAAACACCUAUAAAGAUCUCCAAAUUAAAUACAAUAAAUAAUGUUAUGGAAGAAGAAAAUAAGAAUGUUGUAUGGCGACCAUGGUAA